CCGCGCGGGGGCGAGUCAAGAUUGCAGCGUGUCCCACGGCCGCGGCGCUUAACAGUUUGCCGAGGGCCUCACGCCUCGAAUCUCAUUGGCGCCUUUGCCACAGCCCUGCCCAUGGCCACCGACGCCCCCAUUCCACGGGUGAGCAAACCGAGGCCGGGCUGAGCCGCGAGCUCUUCGGGAGCGUGCCCGGGGCGCGUGCAGCGCAGGGAUUAGAACCCGGGGCCGCCUGCGGGCGGCUGAGGCUCCGCCCCCGACCCUGGACCCUCCCUCCUCGACCUUGGACCCUCCCUCCUCGACCUUGGACCCUCCCUCCCCGCCGCGCGCCUCCGAGACCUCAGAGCGGCGCUGGGCCUCCCUCGGGCCUCCUCUGCUGCGGGCCUCGGGGACGCGGGGCCAGGCCCCAAGGUGGCCGCGCUGCUGACGGUGGGUGCGGUCCCCCUUGUCCCCACCAGGCACCAUGGACUGGAAGACGUUCCAGGGCCUUCUGAGUGGCGUGAACAAGUACUCCACAGCAUUUGGGCGCAUCUGGCUGUCAGUGGUAUUCGUCUUCCGGGUGCUGGUGUACGUGGUGGCCGCAGAGCGCGUCUGGGGUGACGAGCAGAAGGACUUUGACUGCAACACCAAGCAGCCCGGCUGCACCAACGUGUGUUAUGACUACUUCUUUCCCAUCUCCAACAUCCGCCUGUGGGCCCUGCAGCUCAUCUUCGUCACCUGUCCCUCGCUGCUGGUCAUCCUGCACGUCGCCUACCGGGAGGAGCGGGAGCGGCGGCACCGCCAGAAGCACGGGGACCAGUGUGCCAAGCUGUACAGCAACACCGGCAAGAAGCACGGGGGCCUGUGGUGGACCUACCUGUUCAGCCUCAUCUUCAAGCUCACUAUCGAGUUCCUCUUCCUGUACGUGCUGCACACGCUCUGGCAUGGCUUCGGCAUGCCGCGCCUGGUGCAGUGUGUCAGCGUGGCGCCCUGCCCCAACACCGUGGACUGCUACAUCGCGCGGCCCACCGAGAAGAAGGUCUUCACCUACUUCAUGGUGGGCGCCUCCGCUGUCUGCAUCGUACUCACCAUCUGUGAGAUCUGCUACCUCAUCUUCCACAGGGUCCUGCGAGGCUUGCACAAGGACAAACCCACAAGGAGCCUCCCAUCCUCCAGCAGCCGGGCCUCCACCUGCCGCUGCCACCACAAGUUGGUGGAGGCUGGAGAGCUGGGUCCCAACCCAGAUGAUGACACGCUGCAGGCUUCGGCACCCAAACUGAGCCCCGUCUGACCACCGUCUGGGGGCGAGGUGAGAGGGGUUGCAUGGUGAAGAGGUCCUGUAGGUGCUGGGAACUCCCACUUUGAACUCACCAAGCUCUCCAGUUUCAUUUGGGGCAGUUAUUUUUGCUGCUGGGUACUGUGCUGUCCACCUGGAUGUAGCUCACACUGCACACCCCCACGGAGGAGGCAGACAUUUAAACAAGCAAAUGAACCUAAUAUAAGCAUGCCGGGGAGCAGGGCUCUUUCCUGACCCCUAAGGGGACAGUCAAGCCAGGCUUCCCUAAGGGUAUAGCACUAGAGGGGUGAGGCAUGCUCCCAACGGUGGCCUGGGUGCCGCCAGAGGAGGGAUGUUUGCCCCAGGCUGGGUGCACCAGGAUCCCUCUGGAGAAGCCACCAGGCUCCACAGGUGGGAAGGUCUCCAGCACAGGAAGUCUGCAGGGGGGUGUGGGAAGAGGCAACAGUUCUAGACACCCAGGGACCCUCCUCCCUCAGCAGCAUCCCCUUGCCCCCAAACCUUCCCCCAGCCUCAGUCAGCGGUGCUCUUGUCUUCCUCCCCAGGUGUUCAGCCUGGUGCCCUCUGUCCCCAGGAACUCAGGUGGAUAUGCCAAUAGGAACACCCGCAAGGCAGCUCCUUGAAAUCAAUAAAGCUGUGUUUUAUACAGAUUGGCUCCAUACUUGGUACUGCCACUCACAGCUCCCUGACAGCAGGGAAGAGCCGCGUGGCUGGUGGGUAAAGCUAGGGUGGAGAUGGCUGGGGUCAGGCAGAGCUGGGGUUGACAGGCUGGAGCCAGGGAACCUGAUACACAUGUUGGUAUUCUAGCCGUGGACACAAGAGGGCGCUGUCCUCCCUCUACAACCGCUCCUCUAACCUUCAGAAUUAGACUCUGCCCUGAAGACACUCAAUCACUGUGCUUUUCAUUAGGCAAACCACACUCCCUCCUCCUUUGUCACCCAAUCACUGCCAUCACAACCUGCGUCCCCACCCUGAGUACACACAAUCCCUGCCUUUCACACUCAUAACAGGCCUGCAUGUAGUCCAAGCCUCGCCCAGCAGUUCAUUCAGCCUCUUCCAUUUUCCCCACACCAGACCUUACCAGGACUCUGUGACUGCACAGGGGAGUAGGAUCAGAGCCUGAGGGACACAGAAACAAACUC